AUGUCAAGUUUGGAGGAACCACUUGGCCUUGACAAGUUGCCAAGUAUGAGUACCAUGGAUAGAGUUCAGAGGUUCUCAUGUUGUUGCCGUCCACAAGUAGAUAAUUUGGGCAUGGGAAACUGCUGGAUUGAAGGACGGAGUUGCAGCACAUCUAACACCUGCAACGAAGACAAUGAAGAUUACCCAUGGAAAAGGCAAACAAGAGACAUGUCCCGAGGAGACUCUUUCAGUCAAAAGACUAUGACCAUAGGGAGAAACUCAAAAUUUGGAAUAGUCAAAAAUUCAUUUUAUACCUCAGAUUAUCAGUACAGUCAAAAUCGCAAUAACAAAGACAUGCAAGAUAUGCCAUAUAAGUUUAUGAAAGGCAUGCCAGAGUUUGUUAAGAUAGUUGAAGUUGGACCAAGGGAUGGAUUACAAAAUGAGAAGAACAUUGUACCAACAACGGUAAAGAUUGAAUUGAUUCAUAGACUAGCUUCUACCGGGUUAUCUGUCAUUGAGGCUACUAGUUUUGUAUCUCCCAAAUGGGUCCCACAGUUGGCUGAUGCAAAAGAUGUGAUGCAAGCAGUUCAUAACCUGGGAGGCAUCAGAUUGCCAGUUCUCACUCCUAAUUUAAAGGGUUUUGAAGCUGCUAUUGCUGCUGGAGCUAGAGAAGUAGCUGUUUUUGCAUCAGCUUCUGAAUCUUUCUCAAAAUCAAACAUUAAUUGUAGUAUUGAAGAGAGUCUAGCCAGAUAUCGAACUGUUACUCGUGCUUCUAAAGAGCUGUCAAUUCCAGUUCGAGGCUAUGUAUCAUGCGUUGUUGGAUGCCCAGUUGAAGGAUCAGUCCCUCCAUCAAAAGUAGCUUAUGUGGCUAAAGAACUAUAUGAUAUGGGUUGCUUCGAAAUCUCACUGGGUGACACAAUUGGGGUAGGCACACCAGGAACCGUAGUUCCUAUGCUUUUGGCUGUGAUGGCUGUUGUACCAAUAGAAAAGCUUGCUGUCCACUUCCAUGACACAUAUGGUCAAUCCCUUCCAAAUAUUCUUGUAUCCCUCCAAAUGGGAAUAAGUGCAGUGGAUUCUUCAGUUGCUGGUCUUGGUGGCUGUCCAUAUGCUAAGGGGGCUUCAGGAAAUGUGGCUACUGAGGAUGUUGUAUACAUGCUCAAUGGACUAGGUGUGAAAACCAAUGUUGAUAUUGAAAAGCUCAUGUCAGCUGGGGACUUCAUCAGCAAACAAUUGGGGCGCCCCUCUGGCUCAAAGACUGCCAUCGCCCUUAACCGUGUCACGGCUGAUGCUUCCAAGAUAUGAUAACCCUAUAUAUAUAUAUAUAUAUAUAUAUAUAUAUAUAUAUAUAUAUAUAUAUAUAUAUAUAUAUAUAUAUAUAUAUAUAUAUAUAGGGGACGACUCAGGUGAGAACACUUGGUUAUUAUGAGAAAUGAGAACAAUGAAUCACGACCAUUAAAUUUUGAUUUUGUUGAUUUUAAUGAACCGGAUUGAUUUCUCUUUCUAUGUUGAUUUAAAAUAAAUAUUAAGGAUCCUAGAAAGAGAAAUCAAUCCGGUUCAUUAAAAUCAACAAAAUCAAAAUUUAAUGGUCGUGAUUCAUUGUUCUCAUUUCUCAUAAUAACCAAGUGUUCUCACCUGAGUCGUCCCCUAUAUAUAUAUAUAUAUAUAUAUAUAUAUAUAUAUAUAUAUAUAUAUAUAUAUAUUUCAUGUAUCUUUUUAUAUUUUGAAUUAGAGAGGAAUAAAAUGUCCACUCACGUUGAUGAGUUAGGAAGCAGUAAUGCAUAUAAUUUGUCAAUAGCAAGUGCAAGCUUCUCGUUUGAGUGAAAACUUGCAAUUAACCAUCAUACAUUCAUUUCUAUGUAUGAUGUAUAGUUAGUUAUACGGAUGACUCAGUUUUAAUUUGAACCACGAAAUUAUUAUAUUGAAAUUACAAUUAUUUAA